UGAGAGCUCAAGUUCCUAGGAGUGAACGUCACCAAUAGACUGUCCUGGUCCAACCACAUAGACGCCACGGCCAAGAAAGCUCACUUCCUCUACUUCCUCAGGAAGCUAAAGAAAUUUGCUGAUAGGUGGAUUGUGUAUCUCGAUCAUCACUGGGAACAGUAUUUAAAAUCUCAAAAUAUUAGGGUCAAGUGUAUAUGGAUGUUAAAAACAUUUAACUGAUGGAGAUCCAAAUCUGCAAGACACGCACUGUUAUAGUUUGUGGAAUACUAUUUUGGAUGAGCACAUUCACAUUAUUAGCAGCUGAUGUGAAUAAAUGUGGCAACACUGAUCUUGUGUGCCAUAUGCACGCAGACUGCCAGAAUACAUUUGAUGGAAACUACCACUGCAUAUGCAAAGCAGGUUAUCUUGGAAAUGGAACACAGUGCACUGAUAUUGAUGAGUGUGCAGCAAAUCUACAUGAUUGCCACCGGAAGGCAACUUGUAUAAAUAAUGUAGGUUCUUACAACUGCCUGUGCAAAUCAGGGUACACUGGAGAUGGGAUUGACUGCAAUGACGUGGAUGAAUGUUUUACAAACAAUGGUGGUUGUCACGAUAGUGCCACUUGUUUCAAUACAGCUGGCAGUCGGACUUGUCAUUGUAACAUUGGGUUCUCUGGCAAUGGAUUCACUUGCACUGAUGUAGAUGAAUGCACAAAGCCUGGCAUCUGUCACUGGAGUGCAACAUGCACCAACACUAAUGGCUCGUAUAUCUGCACUUGCAAUGCAGGAUAUAAAGGAAUUGGCUUAUACCUGUGCUUGGACAUAGAUGAAUGUGCGCAGACACCAGGUAUCUGUUCACCAGUGCAAGGAUGGAAAGGAUGCAAGAAUCUACCGGGCUCCUACCAGUGCACCUGUUCCACGGGUUUUUAUGUAGAUGAUAACAGAUGUACUGACAUUGAUGAAUGUGCUCGUCAGUUUUGUAGCCCAUUUUCUAUCUGCAUCAAUCAACCAGGUUCUUACAGCUGUGAAUGUAAGACAGGAUUUACAGGAAACGGAUUGACGUGUGUAGACAUCAAUGAAUGUGCCGGCACAAAUGAUUGCCAUCCUCAAGCAAGUUGUCAGAACUUUUUGGGCAGCUAUGUUUGUAACUGUACAUCAGGCUUUACAGGAGAUGGGAUCACUUGUUCUGAUAUUGAUGAGUGCAAUGGAAUUGCAAAGUGUCCUCCGACAUCUUCCUGCAUUAAUACUGAGGGAUCCUUUUCCUGCAGUUGCCACAGGGGUUAUAAUGGAAAUGGUACCGUAUGCAAUGACAUUGAUGAAUGCCUCUUAAACAAUGGAGGAUGUCACUCAAAUGGCUUUUGUAUAAACCAAGUUGGAACCUAUACAUGCACUUGUAAAAGAGGUUUCUCUGGUAAUGGAAAUUUACACUGUGAAGACAUUAAUGAAUGUAAGGUUAAUAAUGGCGGCUGUUUGAACAAUGCAUCAUGUAUAAACACACUGGGAUCUUUCUUCUGUGCGUGUCCUGAUGGAUUCAACCUUAUAAAUAACACCAGUUGUGGAGAUAUUGAUGAAUGCAAGAUAAUUGGUACACCAUGUCAGUCAAAUGAACAGUGUGUCAAUACUUUAGGGUCUUAUCAUUGUCAGUGCAAAUCCGGGUUUUCAAAGGCAAAUGGUAUUAGUUGUAAUGACAUUGAUGAAUGUCUCAACAAUCCAUGUGAUCAAAAUGCUCUGUGUUCAAAUGCUUUUGGUUCAUUUAUCUGUGAGUGCAUUUUGGGGUUUGAAGGAAAUGGCAUUAUUUGCCAAGACAUGGAUGAAUGCAACUCCCCGAACAUCUGUCAUAUAAAUGCUUUGUGCAUUAAUAUUGCAGGAAGUUACAUCUGUCAAUGUCAAGAGGGCUUCAGAGAGGUUGAUCAGCAUUGUGAAGACAUAAAUGAAUGCAGCCUAAACAAUACUUGUCUCUCGGACACCAUUUGCCUCAAUUCACUGGGAUCCUAUGUUUGCUCUUGUUCCAAUGGUACUUUCGUAGUCAAUAACACUUGCGUGACGCCAAGUGAUAGUUGCUUUCCACCUUGCCAUGAUCGGGCGUUGUGCCAUCUUGCUGGCAGCAGAUAUCAAUGUGUUUGUGAUGUUGGCUUUCAGGGCGACAAUUUAAGUUGUGUUGAUGUAGAUGAAUGUAUGGAGAAAAAUAUUUGCCCGGGCAAUCACACAGAUUGUGUAAACAUACCUGGUUCAUAUAGUUGUGUCUGUAAAAUUGGCUUCCAGAAGAAUGGAUCCUCCUGCACAGAUAUCGAUGAAUGCUCCAUAGCAGGACAGGAGUGUCACCAGUUUGCUCAUUGCAUCAACAAUGUAGGAAGUUAUCAGUGCACAUGUUUGAGUGGUUUUAAUGGUGAUGGAAAAAAUUGCUCUGACAUUGAUGAAUGCCAAAGUCACAAUGGAGGAUGUCAUCCUUUUGCAAUGUGCAACAAUACACCUGGGUCUUUCUACUGCAUCUGUCCUCAUGGGUUCACUGGCAAUGGAACUGAAUGCUUGGAUAUCGAUGAAUGUGCCCUUGGCAAUAUGACCACUUCCUGCAAUGAUUCUGCCACAUGCAAAAAUACAGAGGGAUCAUUCCAGUGUGAAUGCCACGUAGGCUUCUAUGGAGAUGGAUUCAAUUGUGUGGAUAUUGAUGAGUGUGAAAUACUUUCCAUAUGUGACAGAAACGCAGAUUGUGACAACACUCUUGGAUCCUACUUAUGUACUUGUAGAAAUGGAUUUGUAAGUGCUGAAGGACACUGCUUGGACAUUAAUGAAUGUCGUAAUCAGACAAUUUGUCAUCAGAAUGCAAACUGCAUCAACGUAGAAGGUUCAUUCUACUGUAGUUGUAAAUCUGGAUUUUCAGGAAAUGAAACAGACUGCAUUGACAUUGAUGAUUGUGUUCUGGAUAUUUGUCAUGAAAAAGCAACCUGCAUCAACACCAUUGGAGCCUACCAUUGUGAAUGUGGAGCAGGGUAUGAAGGAAAUGGAACUUUGUGCUUUGACGUAAAUGAGUGUGUUAAAAAUGACACCAUAUGUCACAUUUACAGUACCUGUACUAACACUGAAGCUUCUUAUACAUGUCUGUGCAAUGAAGGUUUUAUGGGAAAUGGAUCAUACUGCGAAGAUAUAAAUGAAUGCCUUUUGUCUAAUAUAUCUUUCCAAUGUCAUUUUGACUCAUAUUGCAUUAAUACUUUGGGAUCAUUUGAAUGCCACUGUGAGGCUGGUUUUGAAAGUAAUGGGACUGAAUGUAUUGAUGUUGAUGAAUGUAGAACAAAUUCAUCUGACUGCCACAAAUAUGCUACCUGCUUCAAUUUUUGGGGUUCAUUUGAUUGCCAGUGCUUAGAUGGAUUUAUUGGAAAUGGAACAGAGUGCACAGAUGUUAAUGAAUGCAACGCAGAUAACAACAUAUGCCACAGCAAUGCCCUUUGCCUGAAUAAAGAGGGUUCCUAUCUGUGUCUCUGUGAUUCUGGUUUUACUGGAGAUGGACAAAAUUGUAAUGAUAUUGAUGAGUGCUCAGGCAUUACAAUUUGUCGGAAAGAUCAGAUAUGCAUUAAUACUGCUGGGUCUUUUCAGUGUGUUUGCAACACUGGUUUUUCAGAAAAUGGAGACAUGUGUACUGAUAUUGAUGAAUGCUUGGCCAAUGGAUUUUUUUGCCACCCAGAUGCUCUCUGCAUCAACCAACCUGGUUCAUUCUUUUGUACAUGUAGCAUUGGCUUUGUUGCUGAUGGAUUGAACUGCACAGAUAUGGAUGAAUGUUUUGGAAAUGGAACUGAAUGUGUAGAUAUUGAUGAGUGUGCAUUAGAGUAUUCAAUUUGUGAUGAAAAGGCAACUUGCAACAACACUAUUGGAGCUUAUCAGUGUGAGUGCCAUGAAGGAUUUGAAGGAAAUGGGACUAUAUGCUAUGACAUUAAUGAGUGCAUGCAAGACCAGACCAUGUGCCACAUAUAUAGCACCUGCAUUAAUACAGAAGCUUCCUAUAUAUGCCAAUGCAAUGAAGGAUUUGUGGGAGAUGGAUUAUACUGUGAAGAUAUAGAUGAAUGCAGACAACCUAAUGUAUUAUUCUUAUGUCAAUUGGAUUCAUAUUGUGUGAAUACAUUGGGAUCAUUUGAAUGCCAUUGUGAGGCUGGUUUUGAAAGCAAUGGAUUUGAAUGUAUUGAUAUUGACGAAUGUAUAGCAAAUUCAUCUGACUGCAACAUGAAUGCCAACUGUAUCAAUUUUUUGGGUUGGUUUUAUUGUGAAUGCUUGGCUGGGUUUAUCGGAAAUGGAACAGAGUGCCUAGACGUUAAUGAAUGUGCAAAUAGUCAUACGUGCCACAACAACUCUUCUUGUCUGAAUACACAAGGCUCCUUUCAAUGUCUUUGUAAUUCUGGUUUUAUUGGAGAUGGACAUAACUGCAGUGAUGAUGAUGAAUGCUUAAAUAAUGCAAUUUGUCGGGAUGAUCAGAUAUGCAUUAACACAGUUGGCUCUUUUCUGUGUGUUUGUACCACUGGAUUUUCAGAUAAUGGAGCAACAUGUGUAGAUAUUGAUGAAUGCUUGAUGGAUAACUUCCCUUGCCACCAAGAUGCUUUUUGUUCCAACCAACCUGGAUUAUUUUCCUGCACCUGCAAACCAGGUUUCAUUGGCGAUGGGUUCAACUGUAAAGACAUCAAUGAGUGUUUGGAUAUGAAAAGGUCCUGUCACCAACUUGCACGCUGUAUGAACACUCCAGGCUCAUACUUGUGCUUUUGUGAGAAGGGAUUUCUAGGAAAUGGACAGAUAUGCACAGAUAUCAAUGAAUGUCAGCUGAGCAAUCAAGGAUGCCAUUCAGAAGCUUCAUGUAUCAACACUGUGGGGAGUUUUUAUUGUGUGUGCAACCAGGGAUUCAAUGAAAGUAUACUUUAUCUGCAUGGUGAGGCCGUUGGAGACAUAAGGAUAUCUGCUACUGGUGCUGAUGUAAACUCGCCCUUUAUCGUUCCUCCCAUGGGAUUUCCAUUCCUUGACUCAGUUUGGGAUAGAAUAUAUUUUUCAGAUAAUGGCCUGAUUCAGUUUCAAAAUUUUCAGUCAAAUGAGAAAUAUUUAUAUCCAAACCCAUUUAAGAACGGAUUCGAAGGCAAUGAAACGGUGCCUAUGUUGGCUGUGUUCUGGGAUGAUGCAGACCUCACUUUAGGGCAUGGGAAGUUAUUAUAUCAGGUGUAUGAUGAGAGUAAGAACGAUCUCUAUUCUCAAAUUAUUUUCAACAGAACCACUGAAGAAGUAAACAAUUUGUCUGAGCAGAAGCUGGAAGAUAAAAGGAUUACAUUUCAAUCUGCAUUACCUAAUAGAUUCACAGCUGGUCGAAGGUGCACCUACAGUUCAGGAUAUUUGAUUGCGGGCAUAACUGACCGUUACUUUAUUUAUUCUAAAGAAGCAACAACAAUAGAGGACCACAUAAAGGGGGACUUGGAACCUUAUGAAUGGUGUUGCAGAAAAUCUUCCUUAUGUAAUUUGUACUAUGAAAAACGACCUAUUGAUAAAUGUGAAAAUUAUACUUCAUUAGGUUUGGGUCAGGUUUAUGGAACCCUGCAUAUGAAAACAUUUGAUGGAGUUGAUUACAUAUUUCAUGGACUUGGAGAAUACGUCAUUGUCAGGCUGUCAUCAGCCAAAGGAAAUAACAUAUUUACUCUUCAAGGCCAAAGUGACCUAAUGAUCAAGGAUAACACCUUUAUAACUCCUGUGAUCUUUGUAAAGUUAGCUGCAUUUUAUCAAGGGAUGGUAAUGAUGAAAGUAGAGUGGGGAUGUUCAAAGUCUGAAAAUGAACUUUCUGUUGCAGUAAAUGAUAAAGAUAUCAUAUUAAAUAAGGCUGAAGAUUUAGAAGUAUACCACUUCAGUCAGAACCAAUUGGCACUGUUACAGUAG